AUUAACGUGACACAAACCCUAACCUAGUGGCAGUGUAAAUUGUAUUUGUGUGUGGAAAUAGGUCUACUAGGUUCGGUGUGGAGCAGAGCGGGAGGAAUCCAGAGAAGAGGAGGCUCAGCAGCCAGGCGAGGGAAGAAGGAAGCGCAGGGAGGGAGUCCGAAGAACAGCAGCUGAAGUAUUUGGUCGGAAUUUGUAUGGGUUGCUGCUGCUCACUUCGGCGAAAGCUUCGUCUUGAGCUUCAAACUUGGAGAGUGCAUUAGCUAAUUACUCAAAAUAUUAAUCUAACUACUAAUAAAUGCUUCUUCAUCAUCAACUUUCACUCUCAGGAAGAUCAUCUCCAUCAUCACCCCCACAAAACCACCCAUUGAAUAACCAACCCAGUCUCAGACUCAGCUUUGAACUCAACUACAGACUCAUCUGCAACCUCCUCCUCUCUUCAACUCACUCCACAUCUCUCCCUAAGGCCCUCCAACUCCAUGCCCACAUCAUCAAAUCAGGAUUUCUAUCAAUCCCACUCAUUUCCCACCACCUCAUCAAUUUCUAUUCCAAGUCCCAACAACCACUCCAUUCCCUCCAAAUUUUUGAAGAGACCCCAAUUAAAUCAUCCACUACUUGGAGCUCAAUCAUCUCUUCUUUUGCCCAAAAUGAACUCCCUUGCCUUGCUAUUGUUUUCUUUCGUCGAAUGCUCCAUCUUGGGGUUCGCCCCGAUGACCGUAUAUUCCCCAGCGCUACCAAAGCUUGCGCUGUUCUUUCGAGGUGUGACAUUGGGCGCUCUCUCCAUUGUUUUGCUCUCAAAACUGGGUUUGAUGUUGAUGUGUUUGUGGGGAGUUCUGUGGUUGAUAUGUAUGCCAAAUGUGGGGAUAUUAGAGAUGCCCGGAAAGCGUUUGAUGGAAUGCCUGAUAGAAAUGUUGUUUCUUGGAGUGGGAUGAUAUAUGGGUAUACUCAAUUGGGUGAAGAUGAGGAGGCCUUGACGCUAUUUAAGCAAGCAUUGUGGGAGGAGUUGGAUGUUAAUGAUUUUACUUUUUCGAGUGUCGUACGGGUUUGUGGAAAUUCUACGCUUCUCAAAUUGGGGAAGCAAAUACAUGGUUUGUGCUUGAAAAUGAGCUAUGAUUCAUCGAGCUUUGUGGGUAGUUCUCUGGUUUCUAUGUACUCCAAGUGUGGAGUUAUUGAAGGAGCUUAUCAGGUUUUUGAUGAGAUACCUGUUAAGAACCUAGGCAUGUGGAAUGCAAUGCUUAUUGCCUGUGCUCAGCAUACACACACAAACAAAACGUUUGAUUUGUUCAAACAGAUGGACAGUGUUCGGAUGAAACCAAAUUUCAUCACUUUCUUGUGUGUGCUCUAUGCCUGCAGCCAUGCGGGACUAGUUGAAGAGGGAAAGCAUUACUUUCAGCAAAUGAAGGUAUAUGGGAUUGAGCCGACAGAUCAGCACUAUGCUUCCAUGGUGGACUUACUUGGGCGGGCAGGAAAAUUGCAGGAUGCAGCUUCAGUUAUCAAUGAAAUGCACAUAAAACCAACAGAAUCUGUAUGGGGAGCUUUAUUGACUGGUUGUCGAAUUCACGGGGACACAGAAUUAGCAGCUUAUGCAGCUGAUAGGGUCUUUGAGUUGGGUCCUGUGAGCUCGGGAAUGCACGUGCUACUGUCUAAUGCAUAUGCUGCUGCUGGAAGAUAUGAGGAGGCAGCCAAAGCCAGGAAAAUGCUGAGGGACCGAGGGGUGAAAAAGGAAACAGGUUUGAGUUGGAUUGAGGAGGGAAAUAGGGUUCAUAAGUUUGCUGCCGGGGAUAGGUCCCAUGCAAAAUCUAGAGAAAUUUAUCAGAAGUUGGAGGAAUUGGGAGAUGAAAUGGAGAGAGCUGGUUAUGUUGCAGAUACCAGUUUUGUGCUGCGAGAAGUGGAUAGUGAUGAGAAGAAUCAGGCAAUUAGGUAUCACAGUGAAAGACUGGCCAUUGCAUUUGGGCUCAUUGCUCUUCCACCUGAAAGGACGAUUAGAGUUAUGAAGAACUUGCGUGUGUGUGGAGAUUGUCACACUGCAAUAAAAUUUAUGUCAAAGUGCAGUGGAAGAGUAAUUAUUGUGAGGGAUAACAAUCGAUUUCAUCGAUUUGAGGAUGGGAAAUGCUCGUGCGGUGACUAUUGGUGAUUAAAUUGCUAGAGGCAGGGAUUCAUUUUUACAUCCUGUUGUGCUCAAAAUUAGGAACACUAUAGAAACGGUCUUGUUGUGGCCUUCAUUUGAUGGAGAUAAAGUUUUCCAAAGGUCAGCAUGGGUGUAUUGAUUGUCUAGCACUCAUGAUAUGUACUGAACUACAAGCUCCAGAAUCAUUCAGAGACUUGACCUCAAAGAACACAAGCCUUGUGAGAAUGGACAGUUGUUCACGGGAUGCUGCAAUGAGAGAUUCAUUCAGUAGUCAGUUAUGUGAUCCAUCAAUUAACACAUGAUAAGAAUGAGGUUGUUUGGUCUGCCAAAAUGGGCAAUGAGGACUGCAUGUAUGAGGCAUCAAUAUCUAUGCCAUUUGUUCUAUGCAUGGCUAAUGUUCACAUCAGUGCUUGUCGAAAGAUCCCAGACUCUUGCAAGAAACCCUUUGCUCAGGAAUUUCUUCCACAUUUCGUUCAGUCUUUGGAGAUAUGUUAUAAUAAAGGUCAAUUGUUGGGUUCGUGUUGUACUGACUUUCAAUAUCUAGGGUCUCCACAUUUUUAUUGUUACCAUUCCUCUCUAUUCAUCUUGGUGGUGAUAGCAGGUGAUGAUGGAAUCAGAGCAGGUGAUAGCAGGUGAUACGACUCGUGUCCUGUUUUUUUUUUUUUUAAAUUGUCAUGUAUGAGUGUUUGUGUUCGUGCUUCUUGGUUGCUUAAUCUCAAAUAUGACCCAAAGGUUUUCCAGGUCA